CCAGCUUGCGAAGGGGUUGGUGAAGACACGACUGCUCUUCCAAUUAACCCUCACUAUAAAUAGAGAACAGAAAUCUCAUCUCAGAUCGCGCUUUCUCUUUUUCUCUGCAUUCUCUCUCCCCUCUCUUUUCAGUCUUCUCCUCUCUCUCCCCGUACGAAUCUCUGCAAUGGCGUACGAAGGGAUUCUUCUGGGGAUGGGGAAUCCCCUUCUCGACAUUUCCUCGGUCGUGGACAACGAAUUCCUGGAAAAAUACGACAUCAAGUUGAAUAAUGCUAUUCUUGCAGAGGAAAAGCAUGUGCCGAUGUAUGAAGAAAUGACCACAAAAUACAAUGUGGAGUACAUUGCAGGAGGGGCUACUCAGAAUUCAAUCAAGGUUGCCCAGUGGAUGCUACAAAUUCCUGGCGCAACCAGUUAUAUGGGUUGCAUUGGGAAGGACAAGUUUGGGGAGGAAAUGAAGAAAAACUCGAAACUUGCAGGUGUUAAUGUUCAUUACUGUGAGGACGAAUCUGCCCCAACUGGUACUUGUGCUGUUUGUGUUGUUGGUGGUGAAAGGUCCUUGAUUGCAAACUUAUCAGCAGCAAAUUGCUACAAAUUUGAACAUUUGAAGAGACCGGAAAAUUGGGCACUUGUUGAGAAAGCCAAGUACUUCUAUAUUGCUGGCUUUUUCCUCACCGUGUCUCCAGACUCCAUUCAACUUGUAGCUGAACACGCUGCUGCAAAAAACAAGGUAUUUUCGAUGAACCUUUCUGCUCCCUUUAUCUGUGAAUUCUUCAGGGAAGCGCAGGAGAAAGCUCUACCGUAUAUGGACUAUGUAUUUGGGAAUGAGACUGAAGCAAGGACCUUCUCUAAGGUUCAUGGUUGGGAGACUGAGAAUGUUGAGGAGAUUGCAUUGAAGAUCUCGCAAUGGCCAAAAGCAUCUGGAACCCACAAGAGGAUUACCGUCAUCACACAAGGAGCUGAUCCAGUUGUUGUUGCUGAAGACGGAAAGGUGAAGUUGUUCCCUGUGAUCCUGUUACCCAAGGAGAAGCUUGUCGAUACCAAUGGAGCAGGGGAUGCUUUUGUUGGUGGAUUUUUGUCACAGCUGGUGCAAGAGAAGCCCAUAGAGGAAUGUGUAAAAGCUGGAUGUUAUGCAGCCAAUGUGAUCAUCCAAAGGUCCGGCUGCACCUACCCAGAAAAGCCCGACUUUCAGUAGGCUCUUUCCCACGUUUAUUCCCUACUUGAUUUUUGAGAGAUAAGAGCUGGUAUCAUUUUUAUUAUUACGCCAUGAAGAUUAUGGCCGGUUCUCUCGGGUUGUUAUGUUCUAUUUUUAUGCUGGGGAUUGCUGCCUUAACCCUUUUUAUACUCAAGUAUCGCUCUGUUUUUUUGAGUUGCAGAUAUGUUCACCAGCCUCUGAUAUUUCUAGCGUUAAUGAUGCUCUAAUAAAAUUAUACACUGAGGUUCGGUCA